GUAAUAUUGCGUCUAGGCAUGUCUGUCGAGCGCCAAAACUUCAAAAUUCUGAAACGUAAACAAUAUCAAAUUUUCUUUUUGUGCUUUCAUUACUUAUUUAUUAAAAAUAAAACCGCAUUAUAAAUUUACAUGAUAAUUAUAUAAUACUUUUAUUUUGUUUUGUGCCGAUUGUUCUUGAUGAUGUUAACAGAAUUCUUAAUGCUGUGCAUUUCAAUAAGAAACAUAGAAAAUAAAUUUCUUUGAUAGUAUUGUACCGGACUUUGGCGCAUUUCUUUUCAAGGUAAAAAAACUAUUUAAGAAUUAAAAGUAUGGAGCCAAAUGAUUCUGAUGUUUAUGUAGCCAAGCUUUUGGAGCAGCUAGAAGAACUGAAGAAGAAAAAAGCACGCAAAUUAAAAAAAUUAAAGAAACUAGUACAUGUCCAAGGAAAAGAAACUGCUUCUACUAGUAUCGAAAAUGUAUCGGCUCCAGUCUCUCCAUUACAAAGUAUACAAAACCAUUCAGUAUCAACUCAUUCAGAGGAAAAAGAAAAUAUUACAGAUUUAAAUAAUUCCAGCUCUUCAUUUUUAAAUAGUUGCACUCACAACGUUAUUCACUCUGCAGUAAAAGAGACAUGCAGAAGUUUUAUUAAAACUAAUAAUAGUAGUUCUAGUUUAAAUUUUGAAUCUAAUUCAAGUAAUACAUGUCUAGAUAAAAGUUUAUUAAGUUCAGCUGUGAAUAUCCUAGAAUUGCCAAGUAAAGGAGCCCAAAAUGAUCAUUCAGAAAAUGGUUGUGAUUCAUUUAGCAAACAUUCUAUUGACAAAGAAAAAUUGGGCCAAAAUAUAAAAAAUACUUCUGUAAAUAAUAAUAUCCUACUAGUGCCAAUGAAAAAGAUUCAAAAUAAUCCUUCAGAAACUGGUUCUGAUUUGUUUAGUGAAAAUUCAACUGAUAAUGAGAUAUUGAAUCAGAAUAUGAAGGAUAUUUCUGGCUCUUUUUGUUUAAAUAAUCCACUGAAUGAUCUUGAAGAGAUUCAGCGAAAAAUGAAGAAGCGGCCAACUUCUGAAAGUGGAGAUAGUACAGAAAAUUCUGCUGAAAAUAAAAAGAAAUUCAAACUAUCGGGAGAUAUCUCAGAUGUUACAGAUAUUUGCACUAAAGAAGUUUCUGAAAUUAAGGAUGUUUUGAAUCAUAAUGAUUGUGUUUUCUCAGAUAAAACUGAGCAGCCUUUGAAUGGCAUAAAUGGAAAUUCUGUAACUUCAAGUAAGACAUCAGAUGAUUGUAAUGAAGAUUCUUUAUCACAUAACAUGACUUGUUUUAUGUCAUGCAGCUUAUUUAUUGGGGAGGAAGAUGAUAAUAUUAAUACAAACAUCAGACAUAGUGUAAAGCGCAGAGAUUUUGCAGAAUUGGCUCCUAAUCUGGUGAGCAAUGUGUCAAAUAUGGUAUCUUUAAGAAACUGCAUAAACAGCAUGGUGUCUUCUUCAUUAACUUCUGAACAGAAUGAUAUCAAAAAAUCUGAAUCCUUAAAAAGUCGUAAUGAAUUAGAUUUAUUAAAUAAACAUCCAUCUAAUAUACUGAAAGAAGUUAAACAUAAUGCUGAAAGCUCUCAUAUUUCUGAUAUUGCUUUAUAUUCAAUUAAAGACUUAGAAACUAUUGAUUCUUCUGUUAAUGCAGUACAAACUUCUUAUUCUCAAGAACUUGAUAAUUUUUGUGAAGUACCAGAUAAUUUAUCUAACUCAACUCGGAUAUCAGUGGAAGAAGUUAUCUUACCAUCCCAUAACUCAGCAAACAGAAAUUCAUCUGAUUUAUCCAUGUCUGAUAAACACACCUCAUUUGAUUCCCAGAAACCUACAAAUAUAUGGCCUGAAAAUGAGAUGCAGUGGGAAAAUACAGAAAAUGGAAAUAAAGUUCCUGAAGUUAAGAUUGAAUGUGCAAUAUCAGCUACAAAAUCUGUUGAGGAUGUGACAAUGAAAGAACUUGUUCUACCACCCCAAAAUACAGUGGUGAAAAAUUCAUCAAUUCCAUCCAAGCAUGAUAGUCAACCAUCAUUUGAUUCCCCAAAUCCCGCAGAGGUCUGGCCUGAUAAUGAGUUUCAUUGGGAUAAUGCCGACGAUGGGAUUGAAGUUAUUGGAAAUCAAACUCCAAGUUUGCUUGAUUCCAGUGUCUCACAUUCUCAUCAAACAGAACUGAACUAUAAAUAUGUUAAUGAAAAUGAAAUUGUAAGUAGAGAAUCUGUGAAUCAACCUGUUGCUCUUUUGCAAACUAUUGAUAUAUCUGAUAAUGGCUUAGUUGAUGAUGCUUUGACUGCUGACAUUGACUUCAAUUCAUCAAUGUCAUUAGAAGUUUCAGAUACAGCAGACAGUUUGUUGAAUGAAUCAAGUAAGGAGAAGAUUGCUGCUUCAGUAUCUUCUCAUAAUGGACAUUUAAUGGAAGAGCAAAAUAACCACCCUGAUACAAAUGUUGAAAAUAAUACAGAAGUUUGUGUUCUUGAUACUGAAAUAUUUACUAUUCCUGAGACUGAGUUUUUUGAAUCUUCACAUAGCAAUGAAGUUGACACAAUUAUUGAAAAUAAAAUUUGCCUUAAACAGAAACAUGAACCAAAUUCAAACCAUCCCAUAUCUGUCAGUUCAAAAGAUGAAGUUCUUACUGGAGCUGCAACAGAUUCCUUGCAAAUUUUUGGGCAGGUGACUUCGAAUUAUGCUGAAAAAUACAAUGAAGUUAAUUUUCUGAAUGAGCAGUUUUCAGAAGCCCUAAGUGGUACUUUAGAUCAGCUACACACAAUUCAGGAGACUGUUUUACUUGAAGCAGAUGAUACUCAGGAUCUGGGAAAUCAGAAAAUUUUUCCUGAACUAUUAACUGAAAAAUUCUCUAUGGAAAGAUAUCCACCCAGUGCUAAAGAAAUUAUAGGAUAUUCUCCUUCAAAUGUUACAUUAACUCAUAUGUUUCAUAGUGAUAUUGAUGAAGUAGUCCAAAAUAUAAAGUUUGUAAAUUUCAGUCAUAGCAGCUAUAUUUUUAUUCAGCAUAUUACUUGGAUUCAGAUUUGGCGACAAGAAGAAAAUAAAGAUUGGUCAAAAGUUUUUUUUCAUGAAGUUGGUGAUAACCUUCAAUUAAAAGAUGUUUGUUGCUCAACAGACAAUGAUUAUUUGGUUCUAGUUAUGCUUUUAAAAAGUAAUGAAAUGUAUUGCCUCCAAUUUUUACUUUUUGAAAAGGAACGAAAAGUUAUUAAAUUAAUGGAAUAUACUCACUGGUUAAAAAACAAAUGCUCAGAUAAUGCUGUUUUACUCUGUGGUCUUGAGGGCUUGAAAUUUGCUGUUGCUCAAAAAAAUAACGAGAGGUUUGAAGUUUUUGUGCAUGUUUUCAACUGCCUAGAAGAGAAUCCAAGACUUCUGACUGCAGUUUUGGGUUCUACUGCUGGCAAUCUGAAGAGUUUGUGCAGCAUAGAAAAAUUGCCCAAUGCUUUAAUGGGAACAAGUGAAUCAACUCUUUAUGUAUGGCAUGUUUUGGAGGCUCGUCUUGUGACAUCUGUGAAUCUUCAAUCUUCUGAUACUUUCUUCAUUGAAAACUGUAUUUGGGCGACUAUAGAAAAUGGUUUGGUUUUCUUUAUGGCAGUAUGCAAAGCUGAUUCUUCUCAAAGCUGUGAAUUACUUGCAGCUAAUUUAGCUACAGGAUUUUGUCAGAAAGUAAUGGUAUACAACCUCCGUCCAGCCAGGGAUACAGCAAUAUUUUCAGACAAGAUCAUUAAAGCAAUCUACAAAGAACCCUUUUUAGCUGUGACUAGUACAGAAGGUGCUUUUUUAUGGUGUGCUACAAAGGAAUACUGUUGUGCAGCGUUAGAUGAGGAUGCUCAUGCGACAGCCGUGGCAUUACAUCGAGAUGGUGACAUUGUCUCUAUGGUUAUUGGUAAUAAAGCAGGAUGUGUGCAUUCUUAUAAUAUAAACAGUUCAUAAAAGUUACUUUAUGUUAAACAAAAUGAAAAAUAUUCAUCUGAAAAUAAUAAAUUCAUCAACAUAACUUGAAAUUUAAGUCUGCUUAAUGAUCUUCCAUUCCUGCAGAUUAUUUUUAUAUUUAAAAUAAAUUCUAAAAGUAAGGCAUUGUAUUUCUUAGUUUUAAUGUAUUGUAAAAAAGUUUUCGUAAACUUUAAAAGGAUUCAACAAUAGAAUUUUAAUUACCUAUCUUUUCAUGAAUUUUAGAUGCCUCUUUGAAAAUUGUAACCAACUAUGUAAAAAUUGUUGUACAAAAAUCAUCUUUCUUCAAUCCUUAGUUUAAUUAUUCUUAAGAAUGGAUUAGUUCAUUUUGGAAGAGAUGCAGCAAUAUAGGUUUUUUUCCACCACCCCCUCGGUAACAAUUAGUUAAACUAACUGAAAAUGUUUAUUUUAGAAUUAAUUUUCAUUUCACUAACUGUUUCCAAAUAGUUUUCUGCAAAAGCAGAUAUGUAGUUUUGAUUUUACUUCCUUUAGAAAGAAUAACAAUGCUCUUAAAAUUCUAAUAAUUAUUUGAAAACACUAUUUUUAAACCCAAAUUAAGAAAUUGGCAGUUGGAAUUUUUAAUUUUUUCACUUCUUUCCGCAUAGAAGUAUCGAUCUUCACACAGAUCAAUACUUCUAUGGCUAUCUUGAAACUUUGAUCACAGAUUGUGAUUUAAGAGAGUUUGUUAGCAUUUCAAUAAAAAAUUAAAUGUAACUAUAAUUAUUGGAAUUGAAAUGAAUAUUGAUCAUACUGAAAAAUUGCAACCUUUAUUGAAGCCUUCAAUAUAAGAUUUAAAAAAAAGAGAGAAAAAAAGCUUUCCUGUUUUGAAAUUAGAAAUGAAAAUUAAUAAAGAAACACGGCUCAAAUUUUAUUUUGCUUUCUGAUUUUUCUGAGUGAAAGAUGAUAUUAUUGAAACAACAAGUCUGUGAGAAUUUACUACAGUUUUACAAACAGUUUGGGAUUAACACACUUGUUAAAUAAACGUCAAUUUAUUUUUCCAGUGUUUUUUGUAGAAUCCUGUUGCUUAUCAUUUAUAUUUAGUAAAUAUUAUGAGACUAUUUUUAAUACAUCAAUAAUUAAAUUACCUAUUUUAUCAAAAAAUGAAAUGUAUAAAAAAUUGCUGAUCGUAUUUUGUUAGUUUAUAUACUUUUGUUUCAGAAUUUAAAAAAAAAAAUGAUAGGCUUAGUGGUUUUUAGUUUUACUGGUUUAAAUCAUGAUAUUUUGCAAAAAUGUCCUUUUUUUUCUGUAUUAAUUUUGUUUUAAUCAGAUUGUACCUUAGCACUGUUUUUCUUUCUAAAAGGUACCAAUUAUACUAAAAGUUCAUUUUUUUUUGUAAGAAAAUUCUUAUUCUUAACUAAAAGGCCUCAUUCAUGAAAGCCUUAUUGUUACACUGUUGCAGGAAACAUGAACAGUGUUAUGUAUUUACUAACUAUUUAAUUAAAGAAACAGUUCCUAAACCAGGAGAUUUUCAGUUUAAUUCAUGAAAAUAUUUUUGUUUAUUAGUAAAUUAUUUUAAUUGUGAUUAGCAAAAAUAGAGUUUUCAGUGCUAUUUUGCUUUCUUCGGAUUAAUUAUUUUAAAAGCAGGCAAAAAUUCAUGGCCAUUAUUAUUAAGGAAGAAAGGGAAAAAAGAACUUAACAAUUUAAAUUAUAAUCUGAAAUAUUACAUUUUU